GGUACAAUGUUGAACAACCGCGUUGCGUAGACGUAGAGCCUUCCCCAACACAGUACAGAUUAUACAAUAUAAAGCAUAUUCAAUAUAUAUUCCUCUUUUAUACUUGAUCUAAGGCUCUGUUUUGGAACUCAAGGCCUACAAGUUUCCACCUUUGUGGCAUUUUUUUUUUGCCCUCUGUUUCUCAAACACUCAAACCAACACAAGCGUUCACCUAUCAGAAAACCAAGAAACACCCAGAAUCGAAAGGAACACCCCAGGAACCCAGAGCUCGCUCCUAGAUCUGUUUCAUAACCAGUCAAUCAUGGCGACCCCUCAGGUUCUUCAGCGAGAUGAUGACCUUCUCCGUUCAUCCCCUCUGUUUGACCCUCGUAAAGGGGCAGGAGAGAGUGCAAAAUCCCAUGGUAUGUCAAUUGAGAAGAAGAUCGAGUUUCUCGAGAGCUUGACUGGAACGGUUCGCAACCGACGGUCUUGCAGAUGGUUAAAUGAUCGUCUUCUUAUGGAGCUUGUUCCUCGUUUAAAUGCAGAAGAAAUUAGAGGCUUGUUUGCACCUCCACCUUGGGGUGAUGAUGUACCGCUGUCACCAUUUUGCAUGACUAAUGUUGGCGAGUGGGACAAAUUUAGGAAUAUAGACAUGGAUAAAGAGGCUAAUAUUAUUGAUGCCUCAAAAGGAUCAUCCUCAAAAAGGACAGGUCGUGUUGAUCCUGAUAAGAUGGCCGUCUUGAAUGCAUGGCACAGAGUUGAUUGUCGAACAAGGGAGGCAAUUCGCCGUAGCUUUCUUUCGGAACUUAUUGAGGGCUAUGAGGAGUGCAUACGAGCCUUCAUCACAGACAGUGGAGAUGGGGAUGUUCUUGCGCUUCGGGUUCAAGACCCUUUUCAUAGAUUGUUGCUACAUGGAGUUUGUGAGGUGGACGCGUUCACUGACUCGGCGUUCAAGGGGAACCCAGCAGCGGUGUGUUUGUUGGCAGAAGCGAGAGAUGAGCUAUGGUUGCAAGCGGUGGCGGCCGAGAUCAACAUCUCCGAAACCUGUUACUUGACUCGGCUCACUGGGUCGGGCUCUUUUGACUCCUCCAUUCCUAGGUUCCGUCUCAGAUGGUUCGCUCCUGUCACUGAGGUUAAGCUUUGUGGUCAUGCUACAUUGGCAGCUGCACACACACUAUUUACAUCUGGUUUGGUGAAUUCCAACAUUAUUGAGUUUGUCACACUAUCCGGUAUUCUAACUGCUAGAAAGGUUACAGAAAUCAAGACAUCGGAUGGUUUGGAUAUUCAGAAUGGUGAAACACAAGAGGGCUUUUUCAUCGAAUUGGAUUUUCCAACUGUCCCAUUAACUGAUUUUAAUCCUGAUGAAGUUUCCUCAAUUUCCAAUGCUGUGAGUGGUGCUGCUGUGCAUGAUAUAAAGAUAACAACUUCUUCAGAGGACCUCUUUCUUGUACUCCCAUCAAGAGAAAGUGUUGUUGAACUACAGCCAGAGUUUGAUGCUAUAAAGAAAUGUCCUGGAAGGGGGAUAAUUAUUUCAGCGGCUGCUCCCUCAGGGUCUGGGUUUGAUUUUUAUAGCCGAUUCUUUUGCCCAAAACUUGGGGUCAAUGAGGAUCAUGUUUGUGGGAGUGCACAUUGUGCCUUAGCACCGUAUUGGAGCAAAAAAUUGGGGAAGUGUGAUUUUGUUGCAAAUGCGGCCUCACCCAGAGGUGGAGUUGUAAACAUUCAUCUGGACGAACAAAACCAAAGACUGCUGCUGCGAGGAAAAGCUGUUACUGUCAUGCAAGGGUCUCUUUUAGUUUAGAGAUUCGGAGUUAAAACUUGAAAUCCAUAUACAUUCAAUCAAAAUAAAUGGAUAUUGGUUUGGAGAAUCCACUGGAAUUGGAAUUGAACAUGAAAUUUCAAAUUCUAGGACUGCUUUAUUGUCUUGUUAUAAACUUACUUUGUGUAAAUUUUG